AUGAGUGUUCCAUCAGAGAAAACUGCUACUUGUUCUUCAAAUUCAAAAGAUGAAACGAUAAUUAUAGCUCAACAACUGAAAAUGCAAUUUCACGGCACCAGAAAAGGGGAUCUCGAAACCAUAGAUUCAUAUGUCAAAAAGUUGAAAUCCACAGCUAAUUCUCUAACAGCAAUCGGCAAUCCAAUUUCAGAUCCAGAUUUGGUUUUGCAACUUCUUGCUGGUUUGCCUCCUUCUCAAUACUUGCUCCUCAAAAACACAAUCUCCUCACAGUUACCUCUCCCAAAUUUCUCAGAGGCUUGUUCCAUGCUUUACGAAUACGAGAAAACAACAUCAACUCCGCCUCCUGAUGUAACUGGUGAAAAUAAUAAUAAUAGUAAUACUGGUAAGAGUACUGUGGAGAUGAUCCAUGAUAUAGCAAGUACAGUAACAACUGUAGCUUCAAUAGCACGCGAAUUUUGGAAUGCGGUUGCACCCUGGUCUGGUAGUCGUUCUUCAGGAACACCAACAAAGGCGACUCCAGGUCCGGGAAAUAAAAAAAAUGGAUCUACCGGAGGAAGAGGAAGAGGAAGGGGAAACAAUAACAGAGGCAGAGGCGGAGGCAGAGGCAGAGGAGGCACUUCUUCUCGCAAUUCUGCUGGAAAAUAG